AUGAAGUUUUGGGUAGCAGCAUCCUUGAUCUUGGCCUCAGUCUACAUUCUGCCUUCUUAUGAAGAAGAAGAGUCUGGAGCCAGGUUGUUGGUCUCCAAGAACAUUCUAAAUCAGUAUCUGGUUGAAGGGAAAGAUCUGACAGUAGAAUACAAAAUUUUCAAUGUCGGCAGCAGGGUGGCAUUUGAUGUGGUUCUAAAUGACAACACGUUUCCAGAAUCAUCAUUCAGUGUUGUCAGCGGUAAUCUCAAAGUGACUUGGGAGAGGAUAGCUCCUAACUCAAAUGUAACUCAUGCUGUGAUUCUAAGACCACUGAAGCCAGGGUAUUAUAAUUUCACAGCUGCCGAAAUCAGUUAUGUUGUAUCUGAGGAUUCCAAUGAAAGAACAAUUGGAUAUACUAGUUACCCUGGUGAAGGAGGCAUUGUUCCCCAGAAAGAUUUCGACCGCAGGUUUUCUCCUCAUGUGUUGGACUGGCUGGUGUUUGCUUUCAUGACACUGCCUUCACUGGGGAUUCCAUUCCUACUGUGGUACAGCUCCAAGAGUAAAUAUGACCAGCCAAAGCCCAAGAAAAAUUAA